AUGAAACUUUUAUUUGUAUAUUUAUGAGUGGAUUUUAAUGUUGGCGGUAGGCGCAAAAUUAGCAACAGUGUUUCUCUCAAUUAAUUUAUUUUUAAAAUAAGAUAUAUACAGUUAUUUAACCAAAUUUUACCGUAAAUUGUUAGAUAAAACUUCCUCGUACCUUGUGGAAUAAUAAGUGUGAUGUGUAUCUAACAAAAUAGCUUGCACUAACCUGCCAUCACUACACUUUUGUACUUUCACAAAUAUCGAGCAACUGCACUUUCAUAUUAUUUCAUUAUGACCAACAUUGCAACGGUGCUUGAAACACAGAAGUCUCUGGAGUCUGCCUUGAUGAGGAGGAUGGAGGAAUUCGAGACCCAACUAAAAUCAUCUUCGUCAUCAUCUUCAGAAAAAGCUCAGGUUCCCCAGUUACACACCGAGUUUAAAUCCUUCAAACAACUUGUUUGGAAUAUUCUGUCUCUUCUUAGGCAGCAGAUUGGUGAGGUGUUGAUAUCUCUAGACCAACAGGAAGCAAGACACCGUAGCAAAUUUCUUCUCCUAUGUAGUGUACCAGAAAAACCUGAUGAAGAGCUUUGUUCCACAACUGUGUCACUACUUCAGAAGCAUCUGAGUGUCAAAGAAUUGCAAUCUUCAUCCAUUAGAUCAUGCUACCGACUUGGAUCGCUGACAAAGGGACGUGUUCGGCCUGUGGUUGUCCGCUUCACUGAUCAUGCACUGAGAUCUACUGUGUGGAAAUGUAAGACCAAACUAAGGGGUUCCUCCCUGGUUCUUAGAGAAUUCCUCACUAAAACACGGCAAACUUUAUUCUACGAGGCACGCAGGCAUUUUGGGAUGUCUAAUGUAUGGACAGCUGAUGGAAAUAUUCUCAUUAAAACUCCUAACGGGGAUCGACUUAAGAUCGCUUGCAACAAUGAGUUAAGUGCAGCUAUUAAAAAGUUCCCUGGCACUGCAAUGGCGGAUGAAGUGGAGGCUGGAGCGUCCAGUAUGGGUUCCGCUCGCUCUGAUUCAAAGCCAGCUCAAAUCAGGUCCAAACGCAUUGUUAAAAUUGUUAAAUAG